CCUCCUCCUCUCUCCUCGCUCCUCAAGUCUACUACUACUACUGCCGCUAGCCCAGCCAUCUCUCUUUUUCUCUCGUCUCCAUUCCAGCACCACCACCACCACGAGAGGACAAAAAAAACCAACAACAACAUUGGAACGAAAAUAUACGGCAAAACCCUAGAUCUCUCACCCCCACGGCAUUGCUGACUGGGCUGCGCCUUUCUAUGAGCGCGGGCCCCAAGUGGUGAGGGACGCACGGCGAUGGCCUCAGCCGCUACCGCCGCCGCCGUCAUGACCUCCCCGGUCCCCGGCGCCGCCGCCGCCGCCGCCGCGGCCGAGCCCGCAGCCUGGCUCAUGGACGAGCGCGACGGCUUCAUCACCUGGCUGCGCGGCGAGUUCGCCGCCGCCAACGCCAUCGUCGACCUCCUCAUCCUCCACCUCCGCGCCAUCGGCGAGCCGGGCGAGUACGACCACGUCUUCUCUGUCGUCCAGCAGCGCCGCCACCACUGGACGCACGUGAUCCACAUGCAGCAGUUCUUCCCCGUCAACGACAUCGCCUUCGCGCUCCAACAUGCCGGCUGGCGCCGCCGCGCGCACCCCGCCCAGGCGCUCGGGCCUGCCGCGUCGCCGGCCGCGCCGCCGCCGCCGCCCCCUCGCCGCCCAGCGUUCUCGCAGUCCCAUCACUCCCACCAGCACCAUCGCCACGGCGGCCACUACCGCCCCGAUCCACCGCGCGGCGGCAGCGCCUUUGCGGCCACUGGAUCCGAGAAAGAUGGACGUGAAGUUCAUAACAACAAGGAAGGGAGGGGGCUGAAAGAAGUGGGGAAUGUCGUCAAUACUAAAAGCUUCCGAUUGGAUUCUCCUAUACUUGAUGAGGGUGAAAAAGAAUCAAAGCUGCAAGCUGUUUCUGAAGGAAGUAGCAAAGUGGUUGCAACCCCUGUAGAGUAUUCAACCAAUGAGAUCAUUGAUGGAAGCAUGGUUAAUACUGUUGAAGGGCUCAAGGUUUAUGAAGGGUUGGUAAAUAUGACUGAAGCAAAUAAGAUCCUUUCUUUAGUUAAUGAAACAAAAGCCUCUUACCGACGAGGGGGCCUUGAAGCUGGGCAGACAGUUAUUAUUGCUAAAAGACCAACGAAGGGUCAUGGAAGGGAAAUUGUUCAGCUGGGCGUUCCUAUCAUUGAAGGUCCUCCUGAUGAUGAAAAUCAAAGAGAAACAAGGGUGGAGGCGAUUCCUGGGUUGCUGCAUGAUCUGUUCGAUCGCUUGUCUCAGCAGGAAGUUAUACCCUUCAAACCAGAUUAUUGUGUUAUCGACAUCUUCAGUGAGGGAGACUAUUCUCAUCCUCACCAAUCUCCUCCUUGGUAUGGUAGACCUCUUUGUACCCUCUGCUUAACAGAUUGUGAUAUGGUGUUUGGCCGAUCCAUAUCAGUAGGAGAACGAGGUGAUCAUAGAGGUCCUCUGAAGCUCUCUCUCGCAACUGGGUCACUUCUACUCAUGCAAGGGAAAAGUGUUGAAUGUGCAAAGCGAGCUAUUCCUGCUACACGCAAGCAGAGAGUUAUACUGAAUUUUGGAAAAUCUGUAGCAAGAAAGCACAUCCCAGCUGAAAGCACCCGCUUUACUCCUCCAUUAACACCUCCUCCUAUGCCCUGGGGUCAAUCAUCAAGGCCAGCUAACAUCUCCCGCCAUCCCCAAAGUCCUAAGCACUUUGGAUAUGCUCCAGCCAGUGGUGUACUUCCAGCACCAGCAGUUGGAUCUCAUCACGUCCCACCGCCUGAUGGGAUGCAGCCACUGUUUGUAGCCGCUUCUCCUGUUUCUGCUGCAGCCAUACCUUUCACGCCAGCUGUUCCCUUGCCAAACACAACAGCAACAUGGAUACAAGAAGCUCCAAGGCCUGCACCGCCAAGAUUCCCUGGUCCUGGUACAGGGGUCUUCCUUCCUCCGGGAUCAGGCCAUCCUCUGCCUCAUCAGAUGAUGCCAGCUUCCCAUGGCCAUGGCGAACCCAACUCCCCACAAGGUUCAUCUGCUUACCUGCAUAAUAAUAAGAUCACUGGCAAGGAGAUGUCUAAUGGCAAUCAUUCUCCUAAGAACUCGCCAACAAAGAGGUCUUACACAGCUGAGGAGAAACCAGAAUGCAAUGGGAGCUCAAAUGGCGGUGGCAUCUUUGUGGAUGAGAAGUCAGCUGUAGGUAUGGAGCAGCAGAAUGGUAGUCUAAAGAAUGUUGGGAGCAGCAAGGUCCAGCCACCUGGACAUGCAACUAAAUAGAAGGGGAGUUCUAGUACAUAGACAACAGAAAACUGAAGAGACAAGAAGUUUAAUUUUUUUGGGCCAUGGAUUUGCGGUAGUGCGCAGAGCUUAGCAGUGGUCUUCGUUGGCAACUCUCUUAUCCUUGACAAGAAACCUCAGUGUCGAGACUGAAAACGUUGUCUUAAAUUUUGUAGCUGCUCUGUUGCAAAUCUGGAUUUAUCACAUUGCCUUAAGUUAUCAUCUGCUAUCAUAACAGAAACGUGGGCAAUGAAAACCAUUUCUGAUGUAUGUUUGUUGCGCAAAUCUGAUCAACCUAGUACAUCCGAAA